AUGAUUCAUGAGUCGUCUUUAGUAAUGUCGUUAGUGGAAGAGCAAGAAAGUAUUACCUUACACCCGAAACCAGGGUUUGUGAUUAAAACCAAAAUCUUAGAGUCCAAAGACUUGUCGCGAACAUUAACCAAAGUGUUUAUCAAUGUAUGCCAUUCUCCUGAUGUACCCAAACCAGAUGUCGAUUUCGAACCGGAAAUUGUAUUCCCAUUAAUCAUUGACAACGAAUGGGAAAUACCCAUUAUCCUAUCGAAGGAAAAAAAGUCUAAAGAUAAAAAGGGGUUCCCGUCAUUUGUGUAUGAUUGUUGCAUAAACUCCGAGUGCUUCCAAUGGUGUCAAAUCAGCACCGACUUAAAGUCUAUCCUUAUUGAAUGGUGUAUUGAAUCGGUCGAAUUGGUAUACUCGCUCACAUUAGAACGGGAAUACUCAAUGCCUAAAAUGCUAGCCAAGGGCGAACUAUCCAAUACAGUAGUCACCAAGAAAGAACUUUUGGGGUCUGGGCUAAAAGAUAGACUUAAGGAACUACAACAAAACGAAACCUUGGGGUUGAUUAAAGAAAUGGAACUGGAGGAAGAGGAAGAGUUGCCCGAUUUGAUGAAUAUAAACAAAACCCCCGCUAAGCCAUUAAUAGAGGAAAUCAACUACCAACUCAAACCAAGCCCAAAACUGAAACCACCAAAACCAGUUAAGGAGCUAACUUACACGGUUCUGUUCAAAAAUGUAGCUGAUCCAAACUUCAACCUAGCAGUGAUUGUUACUUACGAUGAAGAAAUUGACAAUAACUUCUCAAUCACCUACUCUUCGGAAUCUUCUUCCCUACUCGUCAAAUCCAGCGGCUUGAAAUUCGCUUCUGGAAAUAGUUUGGAAAUUCCAGUAUCCCCUGACAUAAUUGUCACCAACACAAAAUGCUUUGCAGUUCAUAAUACUAUGUACAUUUUUAUAUGA